AUGUCUUUGGCCAUCCAAAAUUCAGAAACAAAACAAGAAAAUAUCUGUCAAUCCAGUUCAGACCAAGGUUCAAGCACAAAUAAAAGCCAGGAGAUAAUACUAACAACUACAACUACAAAUACAAUUAAAGAUUUAAAACCAAUUGAUCCCAAAUAUGAAACUGAACAGUUGGCCAAAGAAUUAGGUAUAAAUCACAAAAAGUUGAUGUGGAAAAUUGAUAUAUGUGUUGUACCGCCAUUUUGUCUUCUUUACUUCUUUGCAUUUUUAGAUCGAGUCAAUAUAUCAAAUGCAAAACUUUAUGGUUUGAGCGAGGAUUUGAAUUUGACAGGAACUCAGUAUAAUACUGCCCUUACCUUGUUUUUUGUUCCAUAUAUACUUUUUGAAGUUUUAGGUAAUUAUGCCAUCAAAUAUGUGAAACCACACAUAUGGUUAUCUGGAUCUGUUUUCUUUUUUGGUGCUAUCACCGUUGGCAUGGGAUUUGCUAAAGAUUUUUCUGCACUUGCUGCAACUAGGUUCUUACUCGGUAUCGCUGAAAGUGCCUUAUUCUGUGGGGUUUUUUACCUCUUAGCUACUUAUUAUUCCAAAGCCGAAGCUCAAAAACGAUUUUCAGCUUUUUUUUCAUGUACUGCAUUGAGUGGUGCUGCCUCGGGAGCUAUUGCUUAUAGAGUUGUUGAGAUGGAUGGAUUGCACGGCAUUAGUGCAUGGAGAUGGAUAUUCAUCUUGGAAGGUUGUGCUACGGUUAUUGGAAGCUUCUUUUUAUUUUUUAUGAUUGCUGAUUUCCCUGAAGAAUCAAGAUUUUUAAAUGCCAAAGAACGUACAUUUUUGAAGAAGAAAUUGGAAUGGUAUUCGGGAACUUCGUCAGCAUAUGAAUUGAAAAAUACUUUCAAAGAUGUGGGCGAGUGUCUCAAGGACUGGUUGAUUUGGUUACCCGCGUUAUCCUAUUUUGGUUUGAUUAUCCCUUCGUAUGGAUAUGCAUAUUUUGCAGCUAGUAUCAUCAAAGAAAUGGGCUAUACUGCUGUAGUAGCUCAACAGUACUCUGCAUACCCAUGGGUAGCUGCAUUUGUAGUGAUUAAUAUCACUGCAAUUUGUUCAGACUUUGUCAAAAAAAGAUUACCAUUCUUUUUGGGUUCGUGCCUUGUUGCCAUUGCUGGUUUAUCAAUGGUGUUGGCUGCAAAGGAUUUUCCCCAAGUACGAUAUGGAGGAUGUUUCUUGGCCGCAUCCGGACUAUACACGGCAAUGCCAACGCUCGUUUGCUGGGCAGCACUAAAUAACGGUUCACAUAUCAGAAAGUCAGUAGGUACCGCAUGGCAAAUUGGAAUUGGGAAUAUUGGUGGUAUUAUUGCAACAUUUAUCUUUUUGGCUAAGGACGAACCUUACUAUGUACCUGGUUUAUCCACUUGUAUCGGCGGUGUUUGCUUUGCUAUGAUUACUGGAGUCGUCUAUUUUAUCCUAUGUUGGAGAUUGAACAAGGUGAAGCAGACCGAUUCAUAUAAGGAGAAGUUUAACGCAAAAACUGAACGCGACCAGAUUAACCUUGGUGAUAGAAACCCUGCGUUUGAAUAUCUUUAUUAA